AUGAUGUUGAUUCACAUUUUGGGGCUAGUCUCUUUAUUAGCCAGCCCGCCUGUUGCGCAAGCUUCAGUUCAGUCAUUGAACGAGAGGAGUUUGGCUCCGCGUCAUGAAGAAUUCAUAGCGGAACACACCAAAGAGGAUCUGAAGGCCACCGGACAAACCGCUACGCUUGGCGAAGAUAACCAUGAAAGCUCUGCAAAGGUUCUGGUUAGACGGCAGGGAACCAAAACUGAAAAGGGUAACAAGGGCAACAAUGGCACCACUACUACUACUAGUGACAGUGAUAGCGAUAAUAACAAUAAUAAUAAUAAUAAUGACAAAGAUAAAAAUAAAAAUGAAGGAUUUCAGGGGAUUUUCAUCGAUCCCGGCUCUCUUGGAGAGUGCAAUAAUCCCACAAUAGUAGCAGGAAAUGGUAUGAAUGGAAGGAAAGAAAAAGACUUCACUUUCAUCACAUUAGAUCAGGUACACUAUCAGCAUUCUGAAGCAUUUAACUUGCAGAUUAUCACUAAAGCUGCAUGCGAUAAGAUGCUCAACUGUGGAGUCAAACAGAAUGAUCCUACUAACAAAAAGUGCAACGACUUGUCCACCAAGCUUGGUAAAUCCUUAGGCCAAAAAGAAGGUGCUGUAAAUUGGAAUAAAGCUUGGGCUUCCAACUCCUGA